GCCCGCCUCCGACGCGACCUCGUCUUGUGGCACCGAUUGGUUGGCUCCUGUGCGUGAAGACGCUGCGUCGUGGGGCGGGACGGAGGAGCGCGGGGCGGAGGAGCGCUGUACGGAGGGCCUCAGCCCUGUGUCCUCGGCCGCCGCCCCCGUUGCUGCUCCGUGUCCUCCCCUAGCCUGCCUUUAGAGGGUACAGGCGACAGCCGGUGCUCUGGGUGGUCGCGCAGCCGCCCGACGUCUCCGCCGAGCUGCCUUUUCCAGCUGGCAGCUCUUCUCGGCUUAGUCCAGGUCGGGGGCGGGGGAGAGGAAAAAUGGCGCCGGCGCCCCAAGGCGUCCGGGAGGAGCCGCUGCUGGAGUGUGGGUCCGGACCGCUCUCCCGGCUCCUUUUCCUCGCCCAGGCUAUCCUCCUCCUGCUGCCGGCUGUCCGGGCAGGUCUCUGCCCCGCACCCUGCUCCUGCCGCAUCCCUCUGCUGGAUUGCAGUCGCAGGAAACUACCAGCGCCCGGCUGGAGGGCGCUGUUGAGCUCGCUGCCCCCCGACGCGACCAGCCUGGAUUUGAGUCAUAAUCGAUUGUCUAACUGGAACAUCAGCUUGGAAUCUCAAACAUUACAAGAAGUGAAAAUGAAUUAUAAUGAGCUAACAGAAAUCCCAUAUUUUGGAGAACCAACCUCUAAUAUUACUCUACUGUCAUUAGUUCAUAAUGUAAUCCCAGAAAUAAAUGCAGAAGCAUUCCAGUUUUAUCCUGCUCUUGAGAGUUUAGAUCUCAGCUCAAAUAUAAUAUCAGAAAUCAAGACAUCUUCAUUUCCUCGAAUGCAGCUUAAAUACCUGAAUUUGAGUAAUAAUAGGAUAACCAUCUUGGAGGCUGGUUGCUUUGAUAAUUUGUCAAGUUCCUUAUUAGUGGUAAAGUUAAACAGGAACAGAAUUAGCAUGAUCCCACCCAAGAUCUUCAAGCUACCUCACCUCCAAUUCUUGGAACUUAAAAGAAACAGAAUUAAAGUUGUAGAAGGUCUUACAUUCCAAGGGCUGGACUCCUUAAGAUCUUUGAAAAUGCAACGGAAUGGAAUUAGCAAACUAAAGGAUGGAGCUUUUUUUGGCUUGGAUAACAUGGAAGAAUUAGAACUGGAGCAUAAUAACCUCACAGAAGUGAACAAGGGGUGGUUGUAUGGCUUGCGAAUGUUACAGCAGCUCUAUGUGAGCCAGAAUGCUGUUGAACGAAUCAGCCCUGAUGCAUGGGAAUUCUGCCAAAGACUCUCCGAACUUGAUUUGUCCUAUAACCAGUUGACCCGCCUGGAUGAAUCUGCCUUUGUGGGUCUGAGCUUACUGGAGAGAUUGAAUUUAGGGGACAACAGAGUCACUCACAUUGCUGAUGGUGUUUUUAGGUUUCUUUCCAACCUUCAGACACUAAACUUAAGAAACAAUGAAAUUUCAUGGGCCAUAGAAGAUGCCAGUGAAGCCUUUGCUGGACUUACAAGUCUCACUAAAUUAAUCUUACAAGGAAAUCAGAUUAAGUCAAUUACAAAGAAAGCAUUCAUUGGUCUUGAAUCCCUUGAGCAUCUAGAUUUGAACAACAAUGCUAUAAUGUCUAUCCAAGAAAAUGCUUUUUCUCAGACUCGCUUGAAAGAACUGAUUCUGAACACAAGCAGUUUGCUCUGUGACUGCCAUUUGAAGUGGUUGCUUCAAUGGCUGGUUGAUAAUAACUUUCAACAUUCUGUGAAUGUAAGCUGCGCACACCCUGAAUGGCUAGCAGGGCAAAGCAUCCUGAAUGUGGAGCUGAAAGAUUUUGUCUGUGACGAUUUUCUCAAGCCACAGAUAAGAACCCAUCCUGAAACCACAGUUGCUCUAAGAGGCAUGAAUGUGACUCUGACGUGCACUGCAGUGAGCAGCAGUGAUUCACCCAUGUCUACUGUGUGGCGCAAAGACAGUGAAAUCCUGUAUGAUGCCGAUAUUGAGAAUCUCGUUCGUUAUCAGCAACAAGCUGGAGAAGCUCUGGAAUAUACUAGUGUUUUACAUCUUUCCAAUGUGAAUUUCACAGAUGAAGGAAAAUAUCAGUGUAUUGUUACUAAUCACUUCGGUUCUAAUUAUUCUCAUAAAGCCAAGCUGACUGUGAAUGAGAUGCCAUCUUUUCUGAAAACUCCGAUGGAUCUAACUAUUCGCACUGGUGCCAUGGCCAGAUUAGAAUGUGCUGCAGAGGGGCACCCUGCACCUCAGAUUUCCUGGCAGAAAGAUGGUGGUACUGAUUUUCCUGCGGCUCGAGAAAGACGCAUGCAUGUCAUGCCAGAGGACGAUGUCUUCUUCAUUGCAAAUGUGAAAAUAGAAGACAUGGGAAUCUAUAGCUGCAUGGCACAGAAUAUAGCGGGAGGCCUCUCCGCAAAUGCCUCACUGACAGUGUUAGAGACACCCUCAUUUAUUAGACCCCUGGAAGACAAGACAGUGACCCGAGGUGAAACUGCAGUGUUACAGUGCAUAGCUGGAGGGAGUCCUGCCCCUCGCCUCAACUGGACCAAAGAUGACGGACCACUGCUGGUGACAGAACGGCACUUCUUUGCUGCAGCCAACCAGCUUCUCAUCAUUGUAGAUGCAGGGCUAGAAGAUGCUGGGAAAUACACCUGCAUUAUGUCCAACACUCUUGGGACAGAACGAGGUCACAUUUACCUAAAUGUCAUUUCAUCCCCCAAUUGUGACUCUUCCCAGAGUAGCAUUGGGCAUGAAGAUGAUGGCUGGACUACAGUUGGCAUUGUCAUCAUUGUUGUGGUCUGCUGUGUUGUGGGCACCUCUUUGAUCUGGGUCAUUGUUAUUUACCACAUGAGAAGGAAAAAUGAAGACUAUAGUAUCACAAACACAGAUGUUUCUUUUACAGAGGAGCUCAAUCUGCCUGCAGAUAUUCCCAGCUACUUGUCUUCCCAAGGAACACUGUCUGAGCCACAGGAAGGCUACAGCAACUCUGAGGCAGGCAGUCAUCAGCAACUUAUGCCUCCUGCCAACGGAUAUUUACACAGAGGCGCUGAUGGUGGCACUGGUACCCGGGUUAUCUGCUCAGAUUGUUAUGACAAUGCCAACAUCUACUCCCGGACCCGAGAAUACUGUCCGUACACCUACAUUGCUGAAGAGGAUGUUCUAGAUCAGACACUGUCCAGCCUCAUGGUCCAGAUGCCCAAAGAGACUUACUUGGCACAUCCUCCCCAAGAUGCCACUACCCUGGAGAGCCUGGUAUCAUCAGCAGGUGGAGAGAUGUCUGCCUUUCCCACCAACCAUGAGAGGAUAAAUGAGAAGAAACUUUCUUCCACACAGAAGAGCAGUGAAACCUUGCAGCGGCCUCUGUGGAACGUAAGCAAAGAACUAGGUCUGCCUCAUCCUCCCUUUUCCCAGCAGUCAGUCCUUGAGUCACCACAACUCCAUCAAAACGAGGGCCUGGCGGAGAAUGAUCCAGACUGUUCCCCAUCCCCUGUGUCCUGUCACAGGUUACACGACCAUGCUUUUGAUUUUAGUAGGACUCGGAACAUUCAAGAUGGUAGUGAGGGCACGUGAAACUCACUCCAGGAUGAAAUCUGGGCAAAGACUCAAAUUAGUUAAUUUUGUAUUUACUACCUCAGAGUUCAGAAGAAACCCCAAAGUCAGUGUUUGCUUUACUCUUGGUCUGCAGUUACAUUUGUUCGGGCUUACACUGGACAAAGAAAGGUAACGGCUGACAGACAUGGGUACCUCUAAUAAAACGUGUGCAGCACGGGCAGAGGAAGGUAGAGGGCAGAAGUGUCUCUGGUGGUUCUGCCAGGACGUGCCCAGGCGCACAUUGCCUAGUAGGAGGAGUCUCAGUGCUGCUUAACAUCCUGGGUUGUCUCAACCCGCAGAAUGAUCCUGAGCAAACAUUGCUGUCCUGUUUUGCCUUCCAAGGAACAAAAAUGACUUUGGAGCCCUCUGCGUAAUGUGCCUGGGACUCUGCAGUGGUUUUAAGCAUAUAGUUGAGCGUGGGGCUUUGAUAUUCAAGGUCUUUGACAAGAAUCUCAGACUUGACCAAACUGUUAACCAGGUCAAAGGUUUUGUAUUCUUGUGAGUCUCUCUCUCUCUCUCUCUACUUCUCUCUCCCUCUUUUUUUUUUUUUUUGUCCCUAUUGCCCAGGGAUCUCAUUGUAAAUAAUAUGUGCAUUUAUAAAUAAUUUUUGUAUCAUUGAGCAUAUGUGUUGGUUGCAAUGUAAAUAUUUUUGAUAUGCCAAAAUUACAUGUAACGUCCAGUUAUAAUUGACAGCAGCUUCUCAGACCACGGAUUUUGUACAACUUGGUUUAGUGAGUCUAAAGUCUUUAAAUGUUUAAAUACAUAUAGAAGUAUAUGCAUAGGGGCAGGGUGCCUAGUGGUUGCGUGCACAUAGACACAGUCAUGGUGUAAUUAACCACUUCAUACCUAAAGAUUCAUACCUCUAGUCAUUUGUCAUGUGUUUACAAUUGCCAGGUAAUCUUUCUAGCAUAAAAAGUCUCUUUCAAAAGAUUAGCAUUUUUGUCAUUGCCAUAUGCACAGAAAGGAAAACUUAUCUUGAGAAUGUCUUCUUUCAGCAAAAUACUUAGUUGACUGAGGAAACCAAAGAUUGUUUUUUUCCUGUGUGUGUGUGUGUGUAUUUUAAUAAUGUCUCUUCUACCAAUGCACAGUAUAUCUUGAGAAGAGUGCUUUUGGGAGUAGAAGAAAUGCGGAAAUUGUUUUGGGAAUAGAAGAACAUGCAGAAAUUCUUAUAGCAUAAAGCUUUAGAGUGGUCCUUGUUUUUUACGAACGAUUAGUUAAGCCAAAAAGUUUUCUUGAAUUUCUGAUCGCAAAAAGCUUUAUGUAAACAAGACUCAGUGCUUCAGUAGAGUGUAGUGUACUAAAGCUCUUCUUUCUGCUGUCAGAUUUCUUUAUGUAGGUUCUCAGAUUUUGUCCUCUAGAUUUAGUGAGGACUAGUUGCACACUAGAUAACUUCAAUCACUUUAAUGAAAAUAUCUAUUUCUAAGUCACUGUGCAUUCCAAAGAUUUUAAGCUCACGUCAUUUCUCAGCUCUUUUCAUUCUAGUUGUCAAUCCUAAGGUUUUUCUCCCAUAGGCAGCAGCACUUUUCUAGCUGUUUUAAACCACCAUGCCUUUCUCUUUUUCCUUUUUAAACUUUCAGCCUCUGUUCAUUUUCACUUUGAUCUUCUUAAAUAUCACUGUUUUCCUCUCCCUUCAAUUUGUGAUCCUUCUUGCUUUCUAGGUUGCAGUGUAGUUUGUACUAGACUAACUUAGAAUGAAGAAGCCUGAUUCAGUUCCUAGCUCUGCUGCUUACUAGCUGUGUAAUCGAGGGCAAGUCCCUUCACUUCUCAGCCUCACUUUCUCAUUUAUGAAAUUGAGGGCAUUUUACUAGAUGCUCUAAAGCCCUUUCCAGCUGUAACAUUCUGUGAACCUGUGAUCCCUCCAGGAAUCAGGGAGGAUUAUCUACUCUAAUAAAAAGCUGCUUUCACGAAAUGUUUGUUAGAGUAGAACAGGAAUGAUGCUGCUUACUCUGACUUGAGCCAGGUUUACUUCCUCUGUAGCAGGAGUAAUGCUCUAAGAAAUACUCAUGAGAAGAAGAAAUACUCGGCUUCUAAAACAGUAUCGGUAAACGUCAAGAACCUUGAUUGAGAACCACCCAUUGCUGUCCAGCAGAGCAGGUCUGAAGGCUAGUGUAAAGCACACAGGGGUAUCAGAGUCAGUGCAGGGGUGAGCCACAGCUAAUCGGUAACUAGUUUGUGGCUCAUUUUCCUUUCCAGUGUAUUCAAGGUUAUCCCUGCAAUUACAUACUCUUACUCACAUUCUGACGGACUCUCUUCAGUGAAAAAGUGGAGUUAGAGCCAGGCUGCAAGUGUGCAUCAGCUGUCAUAUGUGAGAGGACGGUAAACAGGCUGCGAACCAGUGCUCUAAAUGUGAGUGCUGUCUCUGCCUUGGCAGUGGUCCUUCUGCUGCCAGUGCUGCCAGUCUGGUCUCCUCAGUGGCCAGGUUCUCUUUUAUGUCAACGUGAACAGUUGAGAUGUCCUCCCAGAUACUGCUAGCUUGCCUAAAAAACUAGUCAGGAGUUUGUUUAAAUGUGGAUAGCCUACCCCUGCUCUUAAAAAAAAAAAAUUAAUAAAUUCUAAUCUUAGAAGAUGGAAUUCCUAAAAUUUCUCAUUAUUGCAUAUGUUUCUGACCAAGCAGAUGCUCGACUAUAAACAGGAUUAGUGGCUUAUCAGUGUUUCUUCCCAGCAGUGUAAUGUCUGCCUACCAAUUUGAUCAGAAAUGUUGCAAAAGCAAGGGAAGCUAAAAUGCUUGAAGAAAUGUUCUCUGUCCCCCACCAAAUUACCACUUCAUAUCCGUAGGGAUACAUAAAUUCUCUUAAUUUGUUUGUUGCCCUCUUAGACUGAUUUUGUAAGUCUACCUGGAAGAAGGAGGAACAUUUUCCUUGUACUUCAAGCCCUGUUGCCACAGAGUCUACAUCUAACCCAUUGGCCUCUUGUCACCCUAUGGCCUCUAAAGUGCUUUCCCUAGUAUGCAGGUUGCUCUGUAGCACAGGAAAUCCCAGAAACCGAGCCCAGUGUGCCAUUCCCUCUAAUGUGCCAUCUAAGAAAUCUUUAAAUGUAUAUUCUUCUGUAAGGUGACUUUCAUAUUUAAAAACAGCUGCCUUCCCAUUGCCCAUUGGGAGGUUGUAAAAGAAACAUUAAGAUGUCAAGCAGCUUGGAUUCUGUUAUCCAUUUUCCUAAGAAAAGGGAGAGAUGAUAAAAGUCUUUAGAUAUUUAAAGGAUUGUCAUAUGAAACAAGGAUUAGAUUCAUUCUCUUUAUUGCAGAGGACAGGGGCCAUAUCAGUGGGUUAGAAGUUACAGGGAGAUGCAGUAUACAGUUGCCAAUAAUUCAAUAUAAGCUAACACUCUAACAACUAGACUUGUCAGACAAUUGGAAUAAUUAGCCUUUUGUGAGAGAAGUAUACACAGAAGCUAAAUAAUCAUCUGUUAAUAGCACUGAAGAAAUUUCUGCAUUGAGAUGGAAACUGGGUAAGAUGACUUUCAAGCUUCUUUCAGUUUUAUCAUUGGAAAUCUCUAGAAACAAUCUGACAGUCUUAGAACUUGGUCUUUCAGAAUCCUUUAUAUGCAGUAAGUGUAGAGCACUUAAAAAGUUUUUUUUUUUUUAACGUAAGGAUUAUGUUCUUUGGUUGACAAAAGGAGCCUGUUCUGUGUUAAUGGCUGAAAACAUGAAACUUUGGGCUUAUUCUUCUGAGAAAAUCUAUAACUAGUUGCUAACUCAAAUGGUAUUAUCAUAAUAAAAAAUUUUAAAGCCUGUAAUAUAGCUUCCCUUUUACUCUUUAAUUUUUUAUUCCUGUUUCUGUUUAUCAGUGGGAUUCCAUUUGAAAUGGGGUUGGAAUUAUGAGGUCUUAUACCCAGUAUUUUACCCAAGUGUGUUGUGGCCUUUUCUUAUCAUUUUAAUAUCCACAGAAAUGCCAAAUGGGUAAUGGAGCAACAGAGGCAAAUUUGCUGUCAUUUUAUGCUACAUCCUCCAUUUCUUAUUUUGCUUCUUGAUGCAGAUUGCAGAGGUAAUUGUGAAACAGUUGGACCUUAGAAAGUUGAGCUAAGAUUUUUUGGCAACCUGUAAAUAAUGUUUCAUUUUUCUGUUACAUGGCCUCUUUCCCAGUUCAGUUUGGCAGAUGUUUUUCCCUCUUGCUUCUUCUAACUUAAAAAUUUUCAUUUUGAGUACAAUCUAAGCCAACAUCAGCCUUAAUUUUCUUUUUUUCUUUGUUCUUUCUUUUCUCUUUUGAGCAACUAUCUAGUUUGUUGACAAAAAUAACAUGUUCUGAAUUAAGAGAUAUAUUACUAGCGUCUCUUAAUAAAAUGGCACCUGAAAGCCCACAGAUCACCUGGAGGUUUUGUGGAUAGUAAGGUGUGCUUGUGUGUGUGUGUGUGCGUGCGCGCGUGUGCACGCAUCUGUGAAAAGUAGUAUUUGGACCUGCGCCCUCAAGGUUGUGUUGAGUGUUUCUUAGCAGUCAUGAUAAUCUCCACUGACGGGUGGAGUGAAGGUGAAAAAACAGCUUGAUUUGAGCCUGUUUUCAAAUGUAAGGAGCAAAGUGAUCUUCUGUCAACCGUAACAGUCUUGAAAGAGAAAUUGAUCAUCAGGUGGUCAAGUGCUCUUGGAAUAUCUCUUGGCUACUUGAAGUGGCCUCUUGAUCCAUAGAGAGACUACUUCUACCCUCUCCUUUGCCCUUGUUCUCCCUUUUUACCCCUGUCAGAGGGUGUUUUUCUGAGCAGCCCUGGUACUGGAUGUACCUAAAGAGUUAUAAGCCAAGUUGUUCAGUGUGGCCCUUUCCUAGUAUGUAUUUAUAUUUUCUCACACAUGAGAAUGUAUAUUUUAUAAAGCAUGUGUUUGUCUACUUGUUUGUCUACUGUAAUAUGUCUUCAAUAAAGCUAAAAUACAUUA